ACUUAAGGUUGUGAUUUUUUGGCGAAGAUUUUUGUAACCUCUUGUGUAGUAGUCUCCAGUCGGGGGUUCGAUUUUAAUUAGUGGAGAUUUUCCUAAUUUUAGGGGGCAAAUCAUGCCACGAUUUCCACUUCAUGCAGCUUCAGGAACUGGAGUGUACACGGACUGGCAUAAGAAGGUCAUUCGGUUAGCUCGGUAUGGAUGCGCGAACCGGCCGUUUUUUCAUAUUGUGGUCAUGCCUGUCAAACUAGAGCAAAGAAAGCCGCCCAUCGAACAGCUAGGCACGUACGAUCCGUCUCCAAAUCAAUUCAACGAGAAACUAGUCGCUCUCAACACCGAGAGGAUAAUGUACUGGCUGGGGCAGGGGAACGUAACAAUCUCAGAGCCCGUCGAGGAGCUCCUGGGGCUUGCUGGGUUCCUUCCGAUUCAUCCCACGACGUACAUCAGGGCCUGGAGAGCCAGGAGAAAAACUGACGAGGAAGCUGCUAAAGCAAAGCAGGAGGAAGAGGAGACUCGUAAAGCUCAGGAGCAGAGCAAUUGAUGAUCAUGCUCUUGGUUAUCGUGUAAAUAGGUUUAUUGUCAUGAUGAAUAAUCAAUAAGAAGUACUUUAACGAACCACUGAA